GAAGGGGGCGGGGCCGGCGCGGACAAAGCGAAGAGGAGUCCGACCCGCCGCCGUCGCCGCCGCCGUUCUUCAGGUUCACUGUUAGGGAGCCGAAAACUUCCCUGCAGAAAUGUCAAAAAGACCAUCUUAUGCCCCACCUCCCACCCCAGCUCCCGCAACACAAAUGCCCAGCACACCGGGGUUUGUGGGAUACAAUCCAUACAGCCAUCUGGCCUACAACAACUACAGGCUGGGAGGGAACCCGGGCACCAACAGCCGGGUCACGGCUUCCUCUGGCAUCACCAUUCCCAAACCCCCGAAGCCUCCGGAUAAGCCCCUGAUGCCCUAUAUGAGAUACAGCCGGAAGGUCUGGGACCAAGUAAAGGCCUCCAACCCCGACUUGAAGUUAUGGGAGAUCGGCAAGAUCAUCGGGGGGAUGUGGCGAGACCUCACUGAUGAAGAGAAACAAGAAUACCUGAACGAAUAUGAAGCGGAGAAGAUCGAGUACAACGAGUCGAUGAAGGCCUAUCACAAUUCCCCGGCUUACCUCGCUUACAUCAACGCCAAGAGCCGCGCCGAGGCGGCGCUGGAGGAGGAGAGUCGACAGAGGCAGUCGCGCAUGGAGAAAGGAGAACCCUACAUGAGCAUCCAGCCGGCGGAAGAUCCCGACGAUUACGACGACGGCUUCUCGAUGAAGCACACGGCCACGGCCCGUUUCCAGAGAAACCACCGCCUCAUCAGUGAAAUCCUGAGCGAGAGCGUGGUGCCGGACGUGCGGUCGGUGGUCACGACAGCCAGGAUGCAGGUCCUCAAACGCCAGGUCCAGUCCUUGAUGGUCCACCAGAGAAAGCUGGAGGCUGAACUACUGCAGAUAGAAGAGCGUCACCAGGAGAAGAAGCGCAAGUUCUUGGAAAGCACCGAUUCGUUCAACAACGAACUGAAGAGGCUGUGCGGUCUGAAGGUGGAGGUGGACAUGGAGAAGAUCGCGGCCGAGAUCGCCCAGGCGGAGGAGCAGGCCCGCAAGCGGCAGGAGGAGAGGGAGAAGGAAGCGACGGAGCAGGCCGAGCGCGGCCAGGGCGGGACGGCGGCGGCGGCGGCCGCGGAGGAGGAGCGGCCCGCCGACAGAGCCGACGACAAGAAGGAGGAAGACGGCGCUCCCGUGGAGACAGAGGAACCGCCCCCCGAGGAGGCGGCGGAAAGCCAGCAGAACGGCGAGGAGGGCUCGUGCAGCCCCGAGGAGAAGGAGAGCGGGCAGGAGGGGGUGGACAGCGCCGCCGAGGAGGGCACCAGCGACAGCAACACCGGCUCCGAGAGCGCCAGCGCCACGGCGGAGGAGCCCCCCGCGGACCCGACCCCCGACGACGGCGAGAAGAAAGAAUAGAUGGCGCCCCCCUCCCCUCCCUCCCCGCCCCUGGGCCCGAAUCCUCUUUAACGAUGUCCCGACAGCGAGUCGCGAAGGGUCCGCGUCAUCCGGGAGUCGGCGUUCGUCUUGCCCGGGAGAAGGGAGAAGGUUGAACCACCGCUCCUUCGGAGCCCAUUUCGGCCUCCCCGGCCCCGCCGGGCCCCCGGCCAACGGGGGGGGCGGGGGGGGGAUCGAGUCGGGUGCCACGGGGGGCUGCCCCUGGCCGGGCCCCUGCGCUCGGGAGCCGGCAUAGGACCCGGCCCCGGCCCGGCGCCCGGUGGGGGAAGGGGGACCGGCGCUCCCUGCGGAGGGCCGGGAGGGCCCCGGAGACGCAUCUGGGUCUUUUCAGCACCGCCCGGAGGAUGAGCGAGACUAAGCCCCCGGGGGGCGGCGGCCGCCCCUGUCGUCUCCUACUCUCCCGAGCGCUCGGUGGAGCGCCGGGCACGCGGCACGGGGAACGCGUCUGCUGACCGGGUCGUACUCUCCUAAGCUCUCUGCACACAGUAAGAACUCAAUAAAUACCGAUG